CGAUCUCUUCUUCAUUCUUCCACGCUCCGGCUCGCCAUGCCGCCCUCGUCGUCCUACCUCGCCAUGAGCAGCUUCUCCUACCAAAAGCUCAAGAAGCUCCCUCCCGCACCGCCGCCUCCCGCCAGCCCCGGCCAAGAGGACGCGCACUACGCCGUCGCCGCCUCGCUGGACCACUACUACCGCCACGCGGCCGCCGCGAUCGUCGCCCGGAGGACGUCGUGGCGCCGUCGUCGCGCGUCAUCCUCGUCCUUCUCCAGCGGGCGCAGGCGUCCGGCGCGCAGGCUGAGGAUCUCGAGCCUGGCGAGGGCGCUGCGGCGGAAGGCGGCGGCGAUGGGCGGCCGGGUGCGGGCCAAGGUGGCCAAGGUGGUGGGCAGGCUCCGGGAGGGCGGGCCCUUGGUCGGGGACCUCUUCGCCGGCAACUACAUGUUCCUGCAGGUCACCCCGUCCGCGCCCAUGGACCGGGGCUCCUUCCUGCCCUACUACCUCGCCGUCAAGGGCAAGGGCGCCGUCGCCGGCGCUGCUACCGUGCAAGGCUUGGUCCGUGCCUAGCUAGUUCUUUGUAGCUCUGUGGAUUAUUACCUGGUAAUUUGUACGUACGUAAUUGGGUGACAUUUCCGCUUUGCUUGUGCAAUUGUGAUCGGAUCGUCUGUCG